AAACUUGAUAAUUCAAAAAGUCCACCUUCUUUUCUUCACGUAAAAGAAAGCCAAUCCCACUUAAUUUAGUCAUCCGAAAGACUAAAGAGAAAUCGAUCUUUACAACUCUUUUGCUUUUUAUUCACAUACUCUUUCGCUGCCCAAAAAAAACAAAGAUAUUUUCGUUGAUCAUGCAUCCCAGAGAGAGGGAUCAGAUGGAAGAACGGUGUAAAGGGUAUGUGAGGGCGGACAUGAUAGAUAUAAAGAGGUUGGACGAGCAGCUUGACAAGCAUCUAAACCGAGUAUGGGCGAUGGAGAACCCUGACAAGGCCGGAAAGAAAGGGACACUCACCGCCAAAGAGGACUGGGAAAUCGAUCCCGAUAAGCUUGUCGUAAAAGAAGCGAUUGCUCGCGGCACCUUUGGUACGGUCCACAGAGGGCUCUACGACGGCCAAGACAUCGCCGUUAAAGUGCUGGACUGGGGAGAAGAGGGACAAAGAAAAGAAGCUGAAAUAGUUUCGGUUUGGACUGCUUUUAGACAGGAGGUUUCUGUUUGGCAUAAGCUUGAUCAUCCUAAUGUUGUUAAGUUCGUAGGAGCUACAAUGGAUACAUCAGCCUUAAAAAUCAAGAGUCGUAGCAAGCGAAUGGGCAUGCCAAGUAAAGCUGCUUGUGUUCUUAUCGAGUAUCUUUCUCGUGGUACUCUGAAAUCUUACCUGAUAAAGAACCGGGAAAGUAAGCUACCUUUCAAAACUGUCGUUCGACUCGCACUAGAUCUUGCCAGGGGGUUGGAAUACCUUCACUCCAGGAAGAUUGUUCACAGAGACGUAAAGACUGAAAACAUGCUUCUUGACAAGAAUCUUACUCUAAAGAUUACAGAUUUUGGAGUUGCUCGUCUUCAGGCUUUGAAUCUUAACGAGAUGACAGGCAGUACAGGGACCCCUGGCUACAUGGCUCCUGAGGUCCUUGAAAAUGAACCAUAUGACAAAAAAUGUGACGUGUACAGUUUUGGAAUUUGCUUGUGGGAGAUAUAUUGCUGUGAUAUGCCAUAUCCCCACCUCAGAUUAUCAGAUUUGACUUCUUCUGUUGUGUAUCAGAAUAUGAGGCCAGAGAUACCCAAGUGUUGCCCAAGCUCUCUGGCACAAGUUAUAGCUCGGUGCUGGGAUCCAGACCCCAACAAAAGACCAGAGAUGAAAGAGGUGGUAACCAUGUUAGAAGCCAUUGACCCUUCAAAGGGUAGGGGGAUGACUCCUUUGCAUGAACUACAGGGUUGUUUUUUCUCCUGCUGCCUGUGAUCAGCGCCGGAGCAGAGAAGCUAGGAAUAAUCCUCAGCAAUGGAGAUAUUUUCUUAACACUGAAUGGAAUAAUCUUUUGCUUACACUUUUUGUAUUGAAUGUUUAUGUAUUACAAACGAUUCCCAGAAAACUUCUAAUACUUCAAAAUGA